UGACCGGAAGUCGCUUCAGUUCUGUCACGCGUUAGUCCACUGAAACUAAUGACUCCGGGCUUUAUUUUUAAAGGAGACACCGGAAAGACUAAUGGAGGGCUGGUUUGACACUUGUAAACUAGUGGAGGAAUCUGAGCCAGCCCUCUCAAGGAGUUGUAACCGCGGCUCAGGCGAUGUAGUGUACAACUCAGCGCUGUUACGCACGGUGACUGACCACAAGAACCCAGCGGGCACGUUACGUAAGCGCUCUGCCACAACAGGCUUUUAAGACAACAACAACAGAGUGGCUUUAAAGCUCCAACUGGAAACUUUUCCUCGGCGCUGUCCCCGGCUCCUGAAGCCCCCGAGUCCACUGUGUCUGCUCCAGCUCUGCACUGAUUGCUAGUCCGGUAUGUCCUCACAUAACACCGUCAGUUUCAGUGAGGCGAGGAGAGUGGCUGUUUUCGGGGGGACGCAUGGAAACGAAAUGUCAGGCGUGACGCUCGUAAACCUGUGGGUGAAGAACGGCGCCGAGAUCCAGAGGAAAGGGGUCGAGACGAAACCCUUCAUCACCAACCCGAAAGCUGUGGAGAAAUGCUCAAGAUAUGUGGACACGGAUCUGAACAGAGCGUUCACCCCGGAAAACCUCAGGUAUUCAGCAAGUGCCCCGGGUGGAGAUGACCUGCCCUACGAGGUGCAGAGGGCCCAGGAGAUCAACCGCCUGUUUGGACCUAAAGGAAGCCCAGAGGCCUAUGAUGUCAUCUUUGACCUCCACAAUACAACGUCCAAUAUGGGCUGCACUCUGAUACUGGAAAGCUCCAAAGACCACUUCAACCUGCAGAUGAUGAACUAUAUAAAGAAAGCCAUUGCUCCGGCCAGUUGUCCUGUUCUGUUGAAUGAACAUCCUCUUCUGAAAUAUUCCACCUCGCGGUCUGUGGCCAAACACCCUGUUGGCCUGGAGGUGGGUCCUCAGCCUCAAGGUGUUUUGAGGAGCAACAUCUUUGAAGCUAUGAGAGUAAUACUGAAGCAUGCCCUGGACUUCAUUGAGCUGUUUAAUGAAGGCAUGGAGUUUCCACCUUGUACGGUGGAUGUCUUCAGAGUCUCAGAGAGGGUGGACUAUCCCAGAGAUGCCAAUGGAAACAUCAUUGCCAUGGUGCAUCCUAAUCUGCAGGACUGUGACUGGGAGCCGCUGAACCCUGGUGACCCUAUGUUCCAGACGUUUGAUGGAAAGACCAUCCACUACGAAGGCGCUGGCACCGUCUACCCCACUUUUAUUAAUGAGGCAGCCUAUUACGAAAAACAGCAGGCAUUUGUAACCACGAGGCGAGAAACCUUGGUGGCCAGCGCCAUCAGAAAAGCAUAAAAGGUGGUUACGUACUGAGGAAGUAGCAGCAACACCGUGUACAUGUAAACCACAGCAACAAUCUCUAGAUUUUGCACUUUGUCGCUCUGUUAGUAAAUGAAUGAAUGGGAUUUCUCUCUUAAUGAUUAGACACCAACAUCAUAUACUGGGCUGAUUUAGUUUUUUAUGCGAUUGCUAUCAAAAUGAAAAAAAACAACAAAAACAACAACAAAAAAACAACAACAAUUAACUAUGCAAAGAACAUUUGUGGAGGUUUUGCAAUGGUUCAUAUUGUGAAAGUCUGAAAGACUGCUGUAUAUCAUUGUGAUACAUAUUCAUGCUACUUUUGUUAAUUUCCAAAUACAUUUACAUUAAAUCAGCUUAGUUUUGUAUGAGACUAUGGUCAGGGUUAAUUAUAAAUUGCUGAUGAAUUAUUACAAUACUCUGCAGAGCCAGCGGGCAUUCUGAUGUUACUGUACUAUACACUGUUUUCCAUUACUCCUCAGGAAGGCUGCCUGCAGUAGGGUGAUAACCUGCAACUUUUGGCCCUUACAGUUCUCUCUCUUCUUAUGAAAAUAUAUUUGUAAAAUCUUUGGCAGGGUGUCUGUGGCCUUUGUGACUGCAACGGUGCAACUUCUCGAUGCUAUCUACCUGUAAUAUAACUCCAGCGGUUGCAUUCAUGGUGCUGUCCUGCUGUUGCCUUAAAUAAGAUUUCGGUGACAAUUGCACAACAAAUUUGGAAAGGAAUUUGUAGAAUAUAUAAUAUAUAUGGGAUAACUGGAGUAUUUUAAAUAUUAAGUAAUAUAUGUUCUUUUUCUGUGAACAAUUCGGAUGCAAUAUGACAUGUUUUUUAAUUAUGUUAUUUGUCGUCAUUUUGAUAUACUGAUAUAUAUUUGGGUUUAAUAAGUGAUGGCAUAUGAUAUGUUGCGUGGAAAGCAUUUGUACAUUCUAAUCUUGUCGAGUCUUUGAUUGUGUUAUCUGUUUAAAGUAUCACUGUGAUCUUACAGUAAUUCAAUUUUCCUUGAGCAUUAUUUUCAGUAGCAUUAUGAUUGGUAUAUUUUGGUGUCCUCAAUGUCCUGUGGAAAUCAUACUGUCAAUAAAUGUAGCAAUAUGCAUUACUCACCAAA